UUCUACCUAGGAUUUGGUAUCAAAGAUGCUUCAUGUGGAUCCACAGCAAAGAUUAACUGCUGCCCAGGUACUAAAGCAUCCCUGGAUAGUACACUGUGACCAGCUGCCUCAGUACCAACUGAAUAGACAGGAUGCUCCACAUUUAGUAAAGGGGGCUAUGGCAGCUACUUACUCUGCUUUAAACCUCAAUCCAUUGUCUCCAGUGCUGGAACCUGUUGGUCGCUCCACUCUUGCUCAGCGGAGGGGUAUAAAGAAAAUUACCUCAACAGCCCUGUGAAAGUGACCUCGGAUGUCAACAUAGUAUUAGAGCUGAAGUUUCCCAGCCCUAUAUCAAGUAAACAGAGAGCACAUAUCGAAAAGACACUCCGGCGGACACAUACUGACUACCCUGGAUGGUUCUUAUUGUUAAUGCUGCUGCUUUUGUCUGUUCUCGCUUUAAAUUGUUGAUGGCAACCCAUCUACCUUAUUGACUCUUGAGCAACGGUUAAAUAGGAAACCAUAAGCUGACCAUUCAUCAAGGAGCAAAAAGACUUACCUCCUCCCAAUAUGGAAAAUAAAACACUGAAAAUAAA